AUGGCUAGUGAACCAUGGAGACAAGGCGCUAGAGAGGUGUAUGGCUAUACUGAAGGGAAUGGUUACCCCGGUGACCAGCAGUCACUAAGAUUACGACGGGUUUCAUCUCAAGUGUCCAAUCAGAAUUACCCUCAGUUCGACUGGAACCCGCCUCCUGCAGAGAAGGAUGAGGAGGGCAACCGUGGACAGCCCCGGGACCUCAGGGGCAGUCCUCUGCCCAUGGCACUGAAAAGAGCUGUGAGGCAGGUGCAGCAAAUGCAGGUGCCAGUGGUUUCCAGCAGGGAGUCCUGGAAACGGAAAAAGACCAAAUCUCUGCAUAAACUCAAAGACAACGCCAGAGGAUGGCUCUCCUUUGUCACCCUGUGGAGCAAGUCUUUGCAAAAGAUUGGAGGGAACUUCGGAGGUGGCGUCCAGUCUUACUUCCUGUUCCUGAGAUUCUUGGUGGUGCUCAAUUUUGUUUCCUUUUUACUGAUUGCUGGAUUCGUCCUCAUCCCAAGCAUUGUCUUCAGGUCUGUCGGGGACAGCCUUGUUAACAGCACUGGUCCAAAAGAAUGCAUGGAAUAUGACCCUAAUCCUCAAGGCUUGGUGGUGUUCUAUAAUUACUUCCUUAACUUACUCUCGGGAACGGGUUUCAUGGAGUAUUCAUACCUGUUUUAUGGCUACUACAACAAUACAACGGUGGAGGACAGCAACUUCUCCUACAACAUCCCCCUGGCCUACCUCUUCACUGCCGUCUUCUACUUCACCUUUUGUCUGAUUUGUAUCAUAGCACGCAUGGGGACUGCAGCUCGAGUUGUCAUGGUAACAGGAGGCAGCGCUGUGGGCAACUACAGCAUGAUAGUGUUCACCAGCUGGGACUACGGUUGCCUGGGAGACCGAGCUACCAAACUGAAGCAGAAGAACAUCCACUACCGGCUACAGGUUGAUCUAGAGGAGGAGAGCAUAAAGAAAAGGGCCGCCGCUCUGACAUUGGGCCAAAAGAUUGUUUUAUAUGCUCUACGUGUUUCUAUGUGUUUUGUUUCAUUUGGGCUCAUUAUAGCAGCCUUCUAUGGCAUCUUCGUGGCCACCGACUUCAGUCAGAAAAACAGUGGGGAGCAAGGGAUCCUGGGUUUGAUUUUUGAGUAUCUACCUUCCAUUGUCAUCACUGCUGGAAACUUCCUGGUGCCGCUGCUGUGUGACCAGAUCGCCCUGAUAGAGCGAUACGCCCCCAGCACUACUGUCAUAGUGGCACUAUUAAGGGCAGUGUUCCUUCGUCUGGUGAGUCUGGGUGUUCUCCUUUUCACCCUGUGGAGUCAGAUCACCUGCGUGGGGGAGACAACUGUUAAAGAUUGUACACUGUGCCAAUACAACUAUAAAGUCUACCCGUGCUGGGAAACACGUGUUGGACAGGAGAUGUACAAGUUGACACUGUUUGACCUCCUCAUCAACAUUGUUGUGCUCAUCCUGGUGGAGUUUCCACGCAGGAUGGUAGUGGACAACUGGUCCAGCAAGCUGGCUCAGUGGGUGGGUCGACAGGAGUUUGUGGUUCCUGCCAACGUGCUUGGACUUGUUUAUGGUCAGACUGUGGUUUGGACAGGAGCUCUUUUUUGCCCUCUGCUGCCGCUCAUCAAUACCAUCAAAUUUGUCCUCCUCUUCUACUUCAAGAAGAUCACACUCUUCUAUAAUUGUCGACCAGCACUGAAGACAUUUCGCUCCACCACCUCCACCUUCUUUUUCCUGGUGGUACUCCUGUUUGGCUGGAGCCUGGCUACAGUUGUAAUGAUUUACAGUCUUUCUGAGAUCCGUCCUUCUAUGGGCUGUGGUCCUUUCCGUUUCUUCCCCAGCAUGUGGUCGAUUGUUCCAAAAUCUUUCUACAACCUCUCUGAAAUUACACAGGAGUUUCUCUUCUUCAUUGGUUCCCAGGCAUUCUCCAUCCCUUUGUUUGCCCUAUCUUGUGUGGUGAUGUGCUAUUUCGUAACCUUAGCUUCUGUCUAUGGGAAAAGCGUUGCCCUGCUAAGAGCUCAGCUUAAACUGGAGGGCCGGGACAAACAGUUCUUGGUGAAGCAGAUUGAGGAGCUGAGUCGACAACAUCAGAUACUAAAACAUACUGCAGGAGCACAUGACUGAACAGCAUAGGGACCACGUUUAGGUUUUAUGACCUAAACAUGAAACAUGAUGGGACAUUUGAAAGGACUGUUUAAGUGCCAUUAAAAUGCUGGCUGGGGAUGAUGUGGCUGUUGAAAUAUCGGACCGAGAUCAGUUUUCUAGGAAAAUGUAAAUUUGUUCAUUAUUAACCUAGCCUACCU